AUGGAAUACUUCCGGACAGUGUGCCCUCCGGCACCCACCUUCACAGAGAAAAAUGUUCCUGAUCAAUCCGGCAAGGUUUUUAUCGUAACGGGUGCGAACUCCGGCGUCGGUGCUGAGCUCGCCAAAAUUUUAUACGGUCAAAAUGCCACCGUAUACAUCGGCGCCAGAUCUAAAGAAAAGGCCAUGGAUGCCAUUGAAGAGAUCAAAACUGCACACCCCGACUCUACUGGAAGACUCGUUUUCCUUCAAUUGGAUCUUUCCGACCUGACGACAAUUCAGAGGUCCGCCGAUGAAUUUCUGGCAGCGGAGUCUCGUCUCGACGUUCUGUGGCUGAAUGCAGGAGUGAUGAUGCCCCCUCAGGGUAGCAAGACGAAACAAGGAUACGAGCUACAACUUGGUACCAACAAUCUCGGACACUUUUUGUUCGUCAAGUAUCUGCAUGAUAUCUUGAAGAAGACUGCACUCACAGCGCCUAAGGCUAGUGUUCGUGUGAUCUGGGUUUCAUCUUCGGCUAUCUUGAUGGCGCCAAAGCCAGCGAUCGACUUCGAUAACAUGGAUUAUCAUCAAGAGGAGAGCGCUAUGAAGAAAUACGCCCGCAGCAAGGCUGGUAAUGUAAUUCAUUGUGCUGAGUAUGCCAAGAGGACUGCUGGGGACGGAGUGUUGAGCUUGUGCUUGAAUCCUGGUAAUUUGAAGAGCGGACUUCAGAGACACAUGUCAAGAGUACAGGGUUUCCUGACGAAUUUGAUCCUCUACCCUGCUAUUAAUGGGGCUUAUACAGAGCUCUACGCAGGUUUGAGUGCGGAUAUUACUGAGGAACAGAAUGCAUCCUUUGUCGCUCCUUGGGGUAGAGUCAUUCCCAUCAGACAAGAUCUGUAUGAUCCGGAGCUCACCAAGAAAUACUGGGAAUGGUCUGAGGAGCAAGUCCAAGGCUACUGA